AUGUCUGGUCGAGGAAAAACAGCUGGAAGUGGUAAAGCUCGUGCCAAAGCGAAAACUCGUUCAUCUCGCGCUGGUCUACAAUUUCCUGUUGGUAGAAUCCAUCGUCUUCUCCGUCGUGGCAAUUAUGCGGAAAGAGUUGGAGCUGGCGCACCGGUGUAUUUAUCGGCCGUUUUGGAAUACUUAUCUGCUGAAAUUCUUGAAUUGGCUGGCAACGCUGUAAUGCAUAAUUUAAGAUGUAUAGUUGAACUAUGUUUUGUAAGACUUCUUUCUUUUCAGGCUCGUGAUAACAAGAAGACACGUAUCAUUCCUCGUCACUUACAACUGGCUAUUCGAAAUGAUGAAGAAUUGAACAAAUUAUUGUCAGGCGUUACAAUUGCUCAGGGUGGUGUAUUACCGAAUAUUCAAGCAAUUCUUUUACCAAAGAAAACUGGUACUGAAACAUCCGGUACACCACGUGAUGUAACUACGUCGGGAAGUGCACAUCCAAAAAAAUCAUCGAAAGCUGAUAAAUCCGAAGGAAAGUCAUCCGGCGGUGCAGGAGCCAAAGGCAGUGCAGCGGAAAAAGCAUAA